AUGGCAAAAGACAGAGUUCCUCAUUCAUGUUUUAUAUUGCUGUUCCUUGUCUUGUGUUCUACCAAUGCCUCAGACUCUGCAGAACCGCAGUACAUGGUGCUGGUCCCUUCCUUGCUCCACACUGCGGCCCCGGAGCAAGGCUGCCUCCUUCUGAGCUUCCUGAAUGAGACAGUGACUGUGAGCGCUUCACUGGAGUCUGCCACGGGAAACCAAAGUCUCGUGACUGACCUCGUGGUGGAUAAGGACUUAUUCCAUUGUGUGUCUUUCAUUGUCCCACGUAUCUCAUCCUCUUCAGAGGUGGCAUUCCUCACUGUCCAGAUAAAGGGACCAACACAAGACUUCCAGAAGAGGAAGACAGUUCUGGUAAAGAAUGCUCAAAGUCUGGUCUUUGUCCAGACAGACAAACCCAUCUAUAAACCAGGACAAACAGUGAAAUUCCGUAUUGUCUCCGUGGAUGAAAAUUUUCACCCCCUAAAUGAACUGAUUCCACUGGUAUACCUUGAGGACCCCAAAAAAAAUCGAAUUGGACAGUGGCACAGCCUCCAGCUGGAGAAUGGCCUCCAGCAGCUGGCCUUUCCCCUCUCAUCCGAGCCCACCCAGGGCUCCUACAGUGUGGUGGUGCAGAAGGAAUCGGGCAAAAGGAUAGUGUACCCCUUCACCGUGGAGGAAUUUGCAUUAGAGAAUAUAGACAUCCUUCCUCAGUUUCUGGUUUAUUUCUUAUGUGACAGAUACACCUAUGGGAAACCUGUUCCAGGAUUUGCAACUAUAAACAUUUGUAGAAAAAUAUUUCAGACUAUUUCUGCGUGUCAAAACCAGGAGCUCUGUGAGGAAUUCAGUGGCAAUCUCAACAGCAAUGGCUGCAUCACCCUACAAGUAAAAACAAACUUGUUCCAGAUCAAAAAUACAGGUUAUGAAAUGAAACUUAGAGUGAACGCCAAGAUCAGAGAAGAGGGAACAGACCUAGUACUCACUGGAAAUGGGACCAGUGAAAUCACAGGAAUUGUAACCAAACUCAAGUUUGUGAAAGUGGAUUCACACUUUAGGCGAGGAAUCCCCUUCUUUGGACAGGUGAUUCUAGUGGAUGGGAAAAAUAUGCCCAUUCCCAAUAAACUUAUCUUCAUUUCUGCAAAUGAAGCAAAUUAUCUUUCCAAUGCAACUACCAAUGAACAUGGUCUUGCACAGUUUUCAAUCAAUACUACCAACAUCUUGGUUAACAAAUUUUCUGUCACUGCUUACCUCCAGCAACCUAACUUCUGUUUUAACUAUGUAUGGGUAAGAGAAGAACACCUGCAAGCGCAGCACUAUGCAAGAAAUGUUUUUUCUUUGAGUGGGAGCUAUGUUCACCUGGAACUCAUAAUUGGCACCCUACCCUGUGGCCAAAUACAGACUAUCAAGGCAAACUAUAUACUCAAUGGGCAGGCCACUGGAGAGCUAACAGAGCUCACUUUCUAUUACCUGAUCAUGGCUAAGGGAGGCAUCGUCAGAUCAGGAACACAUGUUCUGCCUGUAGAGCCAGGAGACAUGAAAGGCAAUUUUUCCUUUUCCUUCCCUGUGGAGUUAGACAUUGCCCCCACAGCACGAAUGUUCAUCUUUACCAUUUUACCAAAUGGAGAAGUUGUGGGAGAUUCACAGAGUUUUGAGAUUGAAACCUGCCUACCCAACAAGGUGGACUUGAGCUUCAGUCCAGCACAGAGUCUCCCGGCCUCACAUGCCCACGUGCAAAUCACAGCUUCUCCUCAGUCCCUCUGCGCCCUCCGUGCUGUGGACCAGAGUGUGCUGCUCAUGAGUCCUGAGAUGGAGCUUUCUGCAGCCUCGGUAUAUAAUCUGCUAACAGUAAAGGAUCUCACUGAUUUCCCUGAAAACGUGAAGCAAGAAGAAGCAGCAGCAAGUUGUACUUCUCAUCGUAAUCUGAUUCAUAAAGGAGCUGUCUAUGUUCCCUUACCAAAUCAUGAAGAAAGUGAUGUGUAUAGCUUCCUGAAGGGUAUGGGAUUAAAAGUAUUCACCAACUCUAAGAUCCGGAAACCAAAGUCAUGUUCGGUGAUGUACACACCCCAACCAGGAGGAAUGGCUCUAAUGUAUGAUGGUAAAGAACAAGUUGCUUUUAAUUGACAAUUCAGCCCCCAAUAUGACUCAUUUGAUGGGGUAACUAGACCUCAUAAUAUACAAAGUCCAGAGCCAGUAACUGAAACAAUAAGGAAUUACUUUCCUGAGACCUGGAUCUGGGAGUUAGUGGUGGUAGACUCAUCAGGUGUGGCUGAAGUAGGAGUAACAGUCCCUGAUACCAUCACAGAGUGGAAGGCAGGAGCCUUCUGCCUGUCCAAGGACACUGGACUUGGUCUCUCUCCUCCCGCCUCUCUCCGAGUCUUCCAGCCUUUCUUUGUGGAGCUCACAUUGCCCUACUCUGUGGUCCGUGGAGAGGCCUUCACCCUCAAGGCCUCUGUCCUAAACUACCUGUCCACAUGCAUCCAGGUCCACGUGCAUCUGGAAGCUUCUCCUGCCUUCCUAGCAUCCCAAAACCAAAAGGGGGAGGAAUCUGAUCGUGUCUGUGCAAAUGAGCAGCAAACCUUGUCUUGGACAGUAACUCCGAAAACUCUGGGGAGUGUCAACUUCUCAGUGAGUGCAGAGGCCGUUCAGUCCUCAGGGAUGCAUGGAAAUGAGAUUGCUGAGGUCCCUGAGAUAGGGAGGAAAGACACAGUCACCAAAACCCUAUUGGUGGAGCCUGAAGGCAUUGAGCAGGAGAAGACUUUCACCUCUAUGACCUGUGCUUCAGGUACUGAAAUAUCUGAGCAGUUAUCCCUGAAGCUCCCACCAAAUGUGGUGAAAGAAUCUGCCAGAGCAUCUUUCUCAGUUUUAGGUGACAUACUAGGUACUGCUAUGCAAAAUACUCAGAAUCUCCUCCAGAUGCCCUAUGGUUGUGGAGAACAAAAUAUGGCUCUAUUUGCUCCUAAUAUCUAUGUCCUGAAUUAUCUGAAUGAAACACAACAGCUGACUCCCGAGAUUAAGUCAAGGGCUACUUACUAUCUCGUUAGUGGUUACCAAAGACAGCUGAACUACAAACACCAAGAUGGGUCCUACAGCACCUUUGGGGAGCGAUAUGGCAGGAAUGAAGGCAACACCUGGCUCACAGCUUUUGUACUGAAGACUUUUGCUCAGGCUCGAUCUUACAUCUUCAUUGAUGAAGCACACAUCACCCAAGCCCUCACCUGGCUCUCCCAGAAGCAGAAGGGCAAUGGCUGUUUCCAGAGCUCUGGGUCACUGCUCAACAAUGCCAUUAAGGGAGGAGUAGAAGAUGAAGUGACUCUCUCUGCAUAUAUCACUAUUGCUCUUCUGGAGAUUCCUCUGCCACUCACUCACCCUACUGUUCGCAACGCCCUCUUCUGCCUGGAGUCUGCUUGGAACACAACAAAGGAGGGGUCCCAAGUGAGCCACAGCUACACCAAGGCAUUGCUGGCCUAUGCUUUCGCCCUAGUGGGAAACCAAGAUGGCAGGAGGAGAGAGAUACUGAACUCUCUUGAUAAAGAAGCUGUGAAAGAAGCCAACUCUGUCCACUGGGAGCGACCUCAGAAACCCAGGGCACCAGUGGAGCCUUUUUACCAACCCCAGGCUCCCUCUGCUGAGGUGGAGAUGACGUCCUACGUGCUCCUUGCUUACCUCACAGCCCGGCCUGCCCCAACCUCUGAGGAGCUGACUACUGCCACCAGCAUCGUCAAGUGGAUCACAAAGCAACAGAAUUCCCUUGGGGGCUUCUCCUCCACCCAGGACACAAUGGUGGCUCUCCACGCCCUGUCCAGAUACGGAGCAGCCACUUUCACCAAAUCUGGAAAAACAGCACAGGUGACCAUUCAGAAUUCACGGACCUUUUCUACCAAUUUCAAUGUAGACGACAACAACCUCCUGUUACUACAGCAGGUCUCAUUACCAGAGCUGCCAGGAGAAUAUGCCAUAACAGUGACUGGGGAAAGGUGUGUGUAUAUUCAGACAUCUAUGAAAUAUAAUGUUCUUCCAGAGAGGGAAGAUUCUCCAUUUGUUCUGGAGGUACAGACUCUGCCCCGAACUUGUGAUGGACCCAAAGCUCAUACCCGCUUCCAGAUCUCACUGAACAUCAGUUACACAGGAAGCCGUGCUGUCUCCAACAUGGUGAUUGUUGAUGUAAAAAUGGUAUCUGGUUUUAUUCCCUUGAAACCAACAGUAAAAAUGCUUGAAAGAUCCAGCCAGGUGAGCAGGACAGAAGUGAGCACCAACCAUGUCCUCAUUUAUGUGGAACAGGUGACAAAUCAGACACUAAGCUUCUCCUUCAUGGUUCUCCAAGACAUCCCAGUAAGAGACCUAAAGCCAGCAAUUGUUAAAGUCUAUGAUUACUAUGAGACAGAUGAGUUUGCUAUUGAGGAAUACAUUGCUCCUUGCAGCACAGACACAAAACAUGGAAAUGCCUAA